AUGAGUGCUCCGAACGACGCUCACGACCCGAAGAACGCCUCAGACCAGUUGGGUUCAACCCAAUCGGAACUACUAGCCCAGGUGGAGAUGAACGCGAAGCUCAAUGCUUUGAUAGACCAGAUGGCCCAGGAAAAAGAGAGUAGGCUGAUGUUGGAGAAGCAAAACCUAGAGUUGCUAGCCCGACUGAACACUCUCACCCAGAUCCAAACUCCUCCGCCAAUUCGAACACACCAUCUGGACCGGUUCCGAGUCCCCGUCAAUUCCAUGGUGGACAUCGAGGACAUCCCUCUCAACCCUCACGGAAUUGAGAUCAUCCCAGAUGAUCCAUCAUCUUCGGUAAGAAACACUGGAUCUGAGGUAAUUCAUCCUAACACGGGUGUUACUCUUGUGACUGCAGGUGAAACACAAGUCCUAGGUCAGACACCUGGGGUACCUAAGACAACUGGAACAUCCGGGACGGCCGGGAUGACCGGGACAGCCGGGACAACCAUAAUGGGAACCCUAACCCAGAUCAACUCAAUGUCAGGAGAGGUGGGUCGAUCUCUUCCUACAGGUCAGACCGACACUACCCAGGUGCAAAUAGUACCACCAGGGCAACUGGAAGGAGAUCACUUGCGCAACACCCUGACGGGUCAGCCGGACGGAAUCUCAAGGCAAACGAUUACAGAUGGUCAAGAUAACAAUGCGUCCGAUCAACCAUUCCGUAUCAACUCAAGCAAACAAGGCACGACCAGUACCCAUCCGAACAUGGACCCGGCCCUGGCCAUAAGAUUGGCCGAAAUGAAGGCAUUGAUCCAGCGAAUUCCUGGUGUCCCGGCACCUAUCCAUAAGAGCUCGGAGAACUGCUAUGCCGACUCCCCCUUUGUGGAUGAGAUUGCCUUGGUGGAGAUGCCCAUCAAGUUUAGCUUCCCGAGCAUGCAAAUGUUCGACGGCACGACGGAUCCGACCGACCAUAUCGCUCAGUACAAGCAAAGGAUGUUCACUGCCGCGAUUCCUCAUGAAUUGAGUUUUGCUCAACUAACAGAUAUAUUUGUGCAGCAAUACGCUAGUAGCAGGAAACUUAAAAAGAUAUCGGAGGAUCUUUAUGCUGUGGUGCAACAGCAUGGCGAGUCUCUCCAGGACUACAUCAGCCGAUUCAACAAAGAGAAGGUGUCCAUCACCAAUUGCAACACCCAAACGGCGGUCACCGCCUUCCGAAAGGGUCUUCUGCCCGACUCAGACCUCUACAAAGAUCUCACCAAAUACCCUUGUAGAACAAUGGAGGACGUCCUUUUCAAGGCAUGGGCACAAAUCAAGUGGGAAGAAGAUCAAUACAGUCACCACCGAUCUUCACCAAGCAGAAACAAUAGAAGAGACUCCAGGGUGGAUAGGAGGACGAGCGAUAGGCGGUCUGAACCUUACCCACCUCCACGACAAGAGUACAGAAGGAGAGAGUAUGACCAACCUUACGAAAAGCGACCACGAGAAAGAGCCAAGAUACCAGAAUACAACUUAUCUAUCUCGCCGACCGAGGCGGUCUCAGCUCUCAGGAAUCUAGGCAACAAGGUCAAAUGGCCGGAAAAGAUGAGGGCACCAGCCGACCAGAUAGAUAGAUCCAAGUGGUGCGAGUUCCAUGCCGACCAUGGACAUCGAACAGAGGACUGCAUCGCCCUCAGAUUGGAAGUGGCCCACCUACUAAAUCAAGGCCACCUCACCGAUUACCUAACCGAAAAGGGCAAGCUUACCCUACAACAAGGAAGGGAAAGACAAGAGAAACACAGAGACGACAGCCCACCAGACCCGCCACACCAUGAGAGAACUGUGAACGUGAUAUCCGGAGGCUCCAAACGCGUGCUAAUAGACAAUGGUAGCUCUGCCAAUAUCUUGUUUUGCAGUGCAUACAGGGAGAUGGGUUUGGACGAGUCCAAACUAAUCAAGAAAGCGGCCGUACUCGUUGGCUUCAGUGGCGAGAGUACGACUACUGUAGGGAAGAUCGAUCUUCCCGUCUACGCAGAUGGAGUCAAUCUUUCCACUAGGUUCCUCGUGGUAGACGCCCCGUCAGCAUACAACGUUAUCCUGGGCCGUCCAUGGAUCCACGAAAUGGAAGCAGUACCAUCCACCUAUCAUCAAGUCAUACGAUUCCCAACCAAGUGGGGAGUUAAGGAGAUCAAGGGAGAGCAGAAGGACUCCAGGGCGUGCUACCAAACCACUAUGAAAGCGAAAAGCCCGUCUUUAUAG